AUGGAGGAUUCAGGCAUCCAGCGAGGCAUCUGGGAUGGAGAUGCCAAGGCUGUCCAGCAAUGUCUGACAGAUAUUUUUACCAGUGUUUACACCACCUGCGACAUCCCUGAGAAUGCUAUAUUCGGUCCCUGCAUCCUGAGCCAUACUUCCCUGUAUGACAGCAUAGCUUUCAUAGCUCUCAAGUCCACAGACAAGAGAACAGUCCCCUAUAUCUUCCGGGUAGACACCUCAGCGGCAAAUGGUUCUUCAGAAGGUCUCAUGUGGCUGCGACUUGUCCAGUCAGCCAGAGAUAAAGAAGAGCAGAACCUUGAAGCCUAUAUAAAAAACGGACAGCUGUUUUACCGCUCUCUCCGCAGGAUUGCCAAAGACGAGGAAUUACUAGUUUGGUAUGGGAAAGAACUGACUGAGUUACUCUUGCUCUGCCCCUCUAGAUCCCACAGCAAAAUGAAUGGGUCGUCCCCUUACACAUGCCUGGAAUGCAGCCAACGUUUCCAGUUUGAGUUCCCCUAUGUGGCGCAUCUGCGCUUCCGCUGCCCCAAGAGACUUCACAGCGCUGAUGCCAGCCCCCAAGAAGAGCAAGGCGGCGGCGUGGGCACCAAGGAUCACGGGGGCGGGGGCGGGGGCAAGGACCAGCAGCAGCAGCAGCAGCAAGAGGCGCCCUUGGGCCCUGGCCCCAAGUUCGGCAAAGCCGGCCCCAUCCACCACUACCCCGCCCCUUCCCCCGAGGGCAGUAACCAGCCUGCGGCUGGCGGCGGCGGCGGCAGCGCCAAGCCUUCCACGGACUUUCACAACCUGGCCCGGGAGCUCGAAAACUCGGGGGGAGGCAACAGCUGCUCCCCGGCCCGGAGCCUCGGUAGCGGCGGCGGCCACCAGGAGGCGGAGCUGAGUCCCGACGGCAACGCCAUGGGCGGCGGCAAGGGGAAGAGGAAAUUCCCGGAGGAGGCGGCGGAGGGGGGCGGUGGCGUGGGGCUGGCGGGGGGCCGGGGUCGCUUCGCCGAGCGGCCCCUGCCCGCCUCCAAGGAGGACUUGGUGUGCACGCCGCAGCAGUACCGCGCCUCGGGCAGCUACUUCAGCCUGGAAGAGAACGGCCGCCUUUUCGCGCCGCCCAGCCCCGAGACGGGCGAAGCGAAGCGCAGCGCCUUCGUGGAGGUGAAGAAGGCGGCCCGAGCGGCAGGUCUGCAGGAGGACGCGGCCGCCGACGGCGGGGGCGCAGCCGCCGAGGACCAGGACGCGGGCGGCGGCGGCGGCUCCUCCACGCCCGUGGCCGCUUCGCCGGCAGGCGCCGACAAGCUGCUGGCCCCGCGGCCUGGGGGCCCUCUGCCUAGCCGGCUGGAGGGCGGCAGCCCGGCGCGGGGCAGUGCCUUCACCUCGGUGCCGCAGCUGGGCGGCGCGGGCAGCAACGGCGCGGGCGGCGGCGCGGGCGCGGGGGCCUCCGGCGGCGCGGGCGGCGGUCAGGGUGCCGCCUCGGACGAGCGCAAGAGCGCCUUCUCGCAGCCAGCGCGCUCCUUCUCACAGCUGUCCCCGCUGGUGCUGGGCCAGAAGCUGAGCGCGCUCGAGCCGUGCCACCCCGGCGACGGGGUGGGCCCCACCAGACUCUACCCCUCCGCCACCGACCCUCUGGCCGUGAAGCUGCAGGGGGCCGCGGACCUGAACGGAGGUUGCGGGGCCCUGCCGAGCGGCGGCGGCGGCGGCGGUCUGCCCAAACAGAACCCCUUCCUCUACGCCACCGCCUUCUGGCCCAAGAGCUCCGCGGCGGCGGCGGCGGCGGCGGCGGCGGCGGCGGCCGCGGGGCCCCUGCAGUUGCAGCUGCCCUCUGCGCUCACGCUGCUGCCGCCCUCCUUCACCUCGCUGUGUCUGCCCGCGCAGAACUGGUGCGCCAAGUGCAAUGCCUCCUUCCGCAUGACCUCCGACCUGGUGUACCACAUGCGGUCGCAUCACAAAAAGGAGUACGCGAUGGAGCCCUUGGUGAAGCGGCGGCGGGAGGAGAAACUCAAGUGCCCCAUUUGCAAUGAGUCCUUCAGGGAGCGCCACCACCUCUCCAGGCACAUGACCUCGCAUAAUUGACACGGAAAGGACCCUAGCUU